CAAGGUUCUUCUUCGUUCUUCACUUCUUCUCACUCACAUUCAGAGAAUAGAGAAGCAAAAACUCAAAGCAGAGACUCAGAGAGAGAGAAGGAGAGAAAAAAGUCUCGCCGUCGCCGUCGUGGUCACCGACGCCCUCCCCUUUGACCUCACCUCGCCACGCCUCGCCUUCCCCUUUGCCCAUGCUUCAUCGCACCUCGUCCUCGCCUCGCCUCGCCUCGCCUUGCCUCAUCGCACCUGGCCCUUACCCUCGCCUCUUAUUCCUCGUCGUCGUCAGAGAGGUGGUGGUGGUGGUCAUCGUGUUCCUCGCGUUUCCAGCAUCACCGCCGCGCCUCCCUUCCCCUUCCUUUCCUACUCUCUGCUAUCUAGAUUCACUGUCACUACCACCACGCAGUUCCACAGUCAUGACAAUCACAGUGGUUUCCGUCGAGGCUAAAGGAGGUCGUCGCCGAGCUGCUCCCCUCCCUACGUCGCUGCUGCUACUGCAACCACCUUUUCUCUAAUCUUUGUUCUUAUUUUUGUUAUGUUCUUGUUUCCGG